AUGACGGAAAAGCGGACUUUUUCCGGUACUCCGCUUUCCACCAACAAGGCGGCCAACACCAAGGACAGUCAGGUCUCGCAGCGUAUCAAGAACUUCUUCCGCAUCAGCAGCAGCGGCGACACCCGCAAGCAUUCCAACGAAGACCACGGCACCUCGGCCUCGGCUCCCAAGAACGAAAAGUCGGGCUUCCGCCAGUCGCGCUUCAUCCCUCACAUCUCCCGUAACCGCUCCCAUACCGUCGCCAGCGAAGGGAACCCGCUCGACGAUGCCUCGCCCACAGCGCAUGCCAAUCCCUACUUUGCCCACCAAGGGCCCCCGGCCCUCCGCCAUCACAACGAGGGAAGCGUCCCCCCCUCACCGCCCGAUACCCCGUCAAUAACGACGACCAAGGUGGAUGGUGAUACAGCGCCGGACGACCAUGCCACCACGGCUGGCAAGGAGGAAUUGGCCAGGAAGCUGCGAAGAGUAGCCUCUGCCCCCAAUGCCCAAGGCCUGUUCGCGUCGGGAAAGGCGGAUGGAAGACCCCAGACGGCCGAGCUUGGCAAGCAGCCUCUGGUGCACCACCCCAACUCGUCGACGCUGAGCAUGGUCGAGACGACCGACCAAGAUCCCGAACAUCUCUCUCCGCUCGAGACGGGCCAGCCAAUACCAAGCCCCGGCCAGAUUCGCCAAUCCGUCGCCUUCAGGAGGACAUACAGCUCCAACUCGAUCAAGGUUCGCAACGUAGAAGUAGGGCCCGGGAGCUUUGACAAGAUCAAGCUCAUUGGAAAGGGAGAUGUCGGAAAGGUCUACCUAGUCCGUGAGAAGAAGUCGAGCAGGCUAUACGCCAUGAAAGUGCUGAGCAAGAAGGAGAUGAUCAAGCGAAACAAGAUCAAGCGUGCCUUGGCCGAGCAGGAGAUCCUGGCCACCAGCAACCACCCCUUUAUCGUUACCCUAUACCACUCCUUUCAAUCCGAAGAUCACCUCUACCUCUGCAUGGAAUAUUGCAGUGGCGGUGAAUUCUUCAGAGCGCUGCAGACACGGCCAAACAAGUGCGUCGAUGAGGAUGCGGCACGCUUCUACGCUGCAGAAGUCACGGCUGCUUUGGAGUACCUGCAUCUGAUGGGCUUCAUCUAUCGAGACUUGAAGCCAGAGAAUAUCCUAUUGCACCAGUCUGGCCACAUCAUGCUGUCGGACUUUGAUCUUUCAAAACAAUCCGAGCCUGGCGGCCGCCCUACCAUGAUUCUCAGCGGACGCAAUGGAACCUCAUCGAGCAAUCUGCCGACAAUCGACACCAAGUCUUGCAUCAAUAACUUUAGGACCAACUCAUUCGUAGGAACAGAAGAGUACAUUGCUCCCGAGGUCAUCAAGGGAUGCGGACAUACCAGUGCGGUCGAUUGGUGGACCCUUGGUAUUCUGAUCUACGAAAUGCUUUACGGGACAACGCCCUUCAAGGGCAAGAAUCGUAAUGCAACCUUUGCCAACAUCUUGCGGGACGAGGUGCCGUUUCCUGAAGGAUCUGGCGCUCCAGCAGUAUCCAAUCUUUGUAAAGGCAUCAUUCGUAAACUCCUCAUCAAGGACGAAACCCGUCGGCUCGGAUCCCGUGCGGGUGCGUCCGACAUCAAGACUGCGCCUUUCUUCCGCACCACAUCCUGGGCUCUACUACGACACAUGAAGCCACCGAUUGUCCCACACCAAGGCCAAGGCAUCGACACACCCAAUUUCCGCAAUGUCAAGGAGAGCCACAGUGUCGACAUUGGAGCCGCAAGAGUCAAGGGCGUACCCCUGGAUUCCGGUCUAGCAACACCCAUGGGUGAGAUUGCGGAUCCUUUUGAAGAAUUCAACAGUGUUACCUUGCAUCACGACGGUGACGACCACCACCACCAAAGCAAUGACCAUGGCACGAAUUCGCAUCGAUAG